UGCAUUACUAAAUGAAAGGGAAGAGCUUGAGCAACCACAGAAACUAAAACAGUUGUUAAGGCGUGUACCAUCAGUUUCCCCCGAGCUUAUGGAGGUAAUGCAUAAUGAUUCUGAUGAAGAAAGUGGGGAAACAGAUAGCCAGGACCAUGACUCGGAUGAGGAAUUUGAGGAAAAUGUUGAGGUGAGAAAAGGACUAACUGAAGAUGAUGUCUCUGCUGCACUUCCCAGCAAAAUAAAGGGUAAAGAUUUUGAGCGUCAUACAAGUCGCAGCGAAGGCGAAGAAGAAAAACAAAAUGACUCCAAUGGAAAUGAAGGUUAUUCAGGUAUGCAUAAGCCGAACAAACGGAAGCGCUAUAGUUCAGGGGAAUUCGUUGGAUGGGCAUCAGGACCUCUCUCUAGUUUCCUGGCAUCCAUAGGGAGAUAUGAAACCGAACCAAUGAUGCGAAGGGAUGUAAAAUCUCUCAUGUUUGAAUACAUUACAGAGAAAAAUCUUUAUCAUCAUAAAGACAAGAAAAAAUUCUUCCCUGACGAUAAGUUGUUUCCAAUCUUUAAAAAGAAAGUCAUGUCAAAGUACAAGAUAUAUCCCCUACUCAAGUUUCAUAUUGCGGAAAGAUCUGUUGAUUCGGCUGGAAAGGAAAAUCACGACCAAAACAAAAAUUGUUCGACAGACAACAAGCAUAUCGAUGAUGAAACAUGUAGAAGAUUGUCAAGCUUAAUAGAAAAACCUCUGUUGAAAAAAGGUGAUACGUGUAUAAAACCUGGAUGUUUUGCAUCGAUUAAUGCCAAAAAUAUCAAGCUUAUCUACCUAAAGCGAAGCUUGGUAUUCGAGUUAUCGAAACAGCCUGAAAGCUUUGCGAGUAGGGUGAUUGGAACUUUUGUUAGAGCCAGAGUAGAUUCCAAUGAUCAUAAGCUAAGGAAUUCAUACCAUCUUGUGAGAGUCAUAGGUGUUCAACAUGAUGAAAUGUCUAAUGGAAUACUCUUGCAAGUUUCCUUCAUGCCUAAAGCUAUUUCCAUUUCUGAGCUCUCUGAUGAUGAUUUCACAGAGCAAGAAUGCGAGGAUUUGCGGCAAAAAGUGAAUACUGGCUUGUUUCCGAAAAUAACUGUUGUGGAUUUUCAAGAGAAGGCUACAAGUCUUCACGAGGAUAUAACAAAACAUUGGAUUGCGAAGCGCCUAGUCUAUUUGCAAAUUCAAAUCGAGCGUGCAAGUCUCAGAGGACGAAAUAAAGAAAAAAUUGCAUUACUAGAUGAAAGGGAAGAGCUUGAACGACCAGAGAAACAAGAACAACUGUUAAGGCGUGUUCCAUCGGUUUCUCCCGAGCAUGUGGAGGUAAAAUAUGAUCAUUCUGAUGAAGACCGUGAUGAAACCGAUAGCUAGGAGCCUAGUAUAGAAGACUAUUCUUCUUGCUUUGAUGGUGUAAAUAGUUUUUCCUCUGUUGGAAGCCAAAACCAUAUCCACUAACAAGUGAUGAUGAAACUGUGUACUUUGCAGUGGUUUGUUUAGACUUGGUUUACAUUUUGGAAUCGUCAAGGCCAUU